CUGCGCGGCGCUGGGGCGCGGGAGGCGCAGUUCCCGGCCGCCCGGAGCCGGCGCGCCGUCGCGAUGGUGUUCGAGUCGGUGGUCGUGGACGUGCUCAACCGCUUCCUGGGCGAUUACGUGGUGGACCUGGACACGUCCCAGCUGUCGCUGGGGAUCUGGGGAGGAGACGUGGUCCUUAAGCACCUGGUAAUUAAAGAAAAUGCUUUGAGUCAACUAGAUGUACCAUUUAGAGUUAAAGUUGGUCAUAUAGGUCAUCUUGAUCUUAAGAUUCCAUGGAAAAACCUUUAUACUCAACCAGUUCAAGCUGUAUUAGAAGACAUAUAUGUACUCAUAGUGCCUUCUUCUAUAAUAGAAUAUGAUGCUACAAAAGAAGAAAAACAACUUUUUGAAGCAAAGCAAAGGGAAUUAAAAAGAAUAGAAGAAGCAAAACAAAAAGUAGCUGCUAAAGGCAAAGAGCAAGUUGAAAAACAGGACACUUUCAUGGAAAAACUGAUUACUCAGAUCAUACAAAAUCUUCAAGUGAAAAUUUCUAACAUCCAUAUUCGUUAUGAAGAUGAUAUCACAAAUCAGCACAACCCUCUGUCUUUUGGUAUUUCUCUUCAAAAUCUCAGCUUGGAGACAACUAAUCAGAACUGGGUUCCACAUUUCCAUGCGGACACCGAGAAACUAUUUUAUAAGUUAAUCCGGUUGGAUAACCUUUUUGCCUAUUGGAAUGUAAAAUCUCAGAUGUUCUAUCAUGAUGAUUCUAAAAUAUCUUUGGCCAACUUGAAGAACGGUAUUGUGAAGGAAAAUGCUGUUCCGAGAGGGUAUGAAUCUGUAUUUCGUCCUAUAUCUGCUGAUGCCAAACUUCAGAUGAAUCGCCGGUCAGAUUUUGACUUUUCUGCCCCCAAAAUGAACCUAGAAAUUGAGUUACAUGACAUAGCAAUUGAAUUUAAGAAAUCUCAGUAUUUCAGUGUUAUGGAACUUCUUGAAUCAAUUGAUAUGAUGACACAAAAUCUGCCAUACAGGAAAUUCAAACCUAAUGUACCUCUUCAUAAAAAUGCAAGAAAAUGGUGGGCUUAUGCUAUACAUGGAGUCCUUGAAGUAAAUGUUAUCCCCAGGUUACAGAUGUGGUCAUGGAAGCAUAUUAUAGAACAUAGGCUAAAAAUGAAACAAUAUAAAGAACUGUAUAAAAAAAAGCUAACAAUAAAGAAGAUAUCUGCCGAAAUUCUCAACUCUUUGGAGGAAUUGGAAAAAUCUUUGGAUGUAUUUAAUAUAGUUAUAUCAAGACAGCAGGCAGAAGUUGAGGUAAAGAAAGCUGGGCACAAGCUUUACAAAGAAGGAGUAGAAGACUCAGAGGAAAAUAAAGGAUGGUUUAACUGGUUGUGGACUUGGUCAGAACCACCAAAAACUAAAGAACAACCGAACGCUAAACCUGGAACAAUCCUUGAGGAGAUGCUGACUGUCGAGGAGAAGACCAUGCUCUAUGAAGCCAUCGGCUACAGUGAAACGGCAGUUGAUCCAACCCUGCCCAAAACAUUUGAAGCCAUGAAAGUUUUUCUUCACUUGAAAAGUAUGUCUAUUGUUCUAAGAGAAAAACAAGAAAAAUCAGAGCUUUUGGAUAUUGUAGUAGAAGAAUUUAGCAGCAUGAUUGUACAACGGCCAGGAGCACAAGCAUUUAAAUUUGAAAUCAAGGUGGGUUCAUUCCAUGUUACUGGCUCACCAGGUCAUUCAACAAAACCUCGUCUCCUGUCUGCACUGAAUGAUACCACAUCACUUUUUCAAAUUAUAUUUGAGAUAAAUCCAUUAGAUGAAACGGUUGCUCAAAGGUGUAUCAUAGAAGCUGAACCUGUAGAAAUCAUAUAUGAUGCAAGAACAGUGAAUAGUACAAUAGAAUUCUUCAGACCCCCAGAACAGGUAAAUCUAACACAACUCACCUCAGCAACUUUGACAAAACUUGAAGAAUUUCGUGAGAAGACAUCAACAGGUCUGGUGUAUAUUAUUGAAACACAGAAGGUUCUUGAUCUCAGGAUUAACUGGAAGGCUUCAUAUGUUGUUAUCCCCCAAGAUGGAAUUUUUAGCCCUACCUCAAAUUUACUUCUUUUGGAUCUUGGUCACCUGAAGGUGACAAGUAAGAGUCGUUCAGAAUUACCAGUGAUACAAGCUGGCGCCAACCUUGAAGAUAUAAUGCACAGAGCUUACGAUUCUUUCGAUUUCCAGCUCACAAGUGUACAGCUGCUCUACAGCAGAGUUGGUGAUGAUUGGAAAGAAGCACGGAAACGUAAUCUAUCUGCCCAACAUAUUUUGGUUCCUAUGCACUUUAAUGUGGAAGUUUCUAAGGCCAUGGUUUUCACGGAUAUCAGGAUGCCCAAGUUCAAGGUUUUUGGAAAGUUACCAUUGAUUUCUUUAGUAAUCUCAGAUCAGAAACUACAAGGGAUUUUGGACUUGAUUGAUAGUAUUCCAAAACCUGUAUCUGAAAGUAAAGAACAUGACACCAGGAAAGCAUCUCAGAUGCAAAGAUCUCUUUCUUUGGGAACGACACAAAUGCCACAGAAGGUACUUCCUCUCCUUGAACUUGCAUAUAUUGAAGAAGAUUCAGAGGAUGAGUUUUUUGAUGCACCUUGUAGCCCCUUGGAUGAACCUCUUUUGCCUCCAGUCAGAAGUAAAAUUAAUGGACAGCGAAAGCUUCCAAAGACAGAGAGUUUAAAGAAUAUGACUCAGUGUAAAAUGAGGUUCGAAGUGCCAGAGGUUCUGGUUCAGUUUUGUCGCUUGGUUGAAGAUUAUGAUGUACCUGUGAUAGAAAUUUCUGUCUUAGGUUUGGGCACAGAUGUUGAAUUUAGAACAUAUGAUUUGAAAGCAAGUGCCUUUUUGAAAGAAUUCUGCUUAAAAUGUCCCGAAUACUUGUACAACAAUAAGAAACCUGUUUAUUUGAUUACAACAUUGGAUAACACCAUGGAGGACCUGUUGACCCUGGAGUAUGUGAAGACUGAAGAAAAUAUACCAUACCUGAAAAGUACCUCUAACAAUGUCUUGCAACUGAUUAAGGUGAAUUUCUCCUCACUGGAUAUUCAUUUACAUACCGAAGCACUCCUGAAUACUAUAAAUUAUUUUAGUAAUGUUGUUAUACAGUUGGAGGAAAAAACACCUUCACUGCAUGUGGCAGAGACUGAAGACAAAGAAGAUGUCAUUAAAAAAUUAUCUUCGAAGCUACCUAAGAAUGAAGAUAUUGUCAUCUUUCAGAUUUUAGCAGAAUUAUCAUGCUUACAGAUCUUUAUUGAGGAUCAGAAACAUAACAUUUCUGAAAUCAAGAUUGAAGGAUUGGACUCAGAGCUAGUCAUGAAGCCGUCAGUGAUGGAAAUUACUGCAAAGCUGAGGAAUAUUAUUGUUUUGGAUUCUGAUACAAACGCAGUGUACAAAAAGGCUCUUUAUAUCACCGAAAAAGAAGUUUUCAGCUUCAAAAUGUUUUCUUACGUGGAUGCAACAGUUGGUGCUGCCUAUACAGAUAUGAAUGUGGUCGACCUUCGAAUUAAUUUAACUGUUGGCUGCAUUGAAGUAGUCCUUAUCACUAAAUUUCUACAUUCUAUAUUGGCUUUCAUAGAUAAUUUCCAAGCUGUCAAACAAGCCUUCGCUGAGGCCACGGCCCAGGCUGCGGGCAUGGCGGCCGCGGGCGUCCAGGAGCUGGCCCAGAGGAGCACGCGCAUGGCACUGGACAUCAACAUCAAGGCCCCCAUUGUGCUCAUCCCACAGUCCCCAGUGUCUGAAAAUGUGUUUGUGGCCGAUUUUGGACUGAUUACCAUGACAAAUAAGUUCUCUAUGAUAAAUGGGAGUCCGAGCAAGACGCCACCCAUUAUUGAUUUGAUAACAAUAAGGCUGAGUAAAGUGCGACUCUACAGGACUCAGUUCAUUAAUGAUGCAUGUCAGAAAGUGCUGAAUCUAUUAAUGCCAUUAAAUCUUGAGGUGGUUGUUGAGCGAAAUUUAUCUUGGGAGUGGUUCCAGGAAAUUCCCUUUUUCAAUAUAAAUGCUCAGCUGAAGCCAAUGGAGCUCGUACUUAGUCAAGAAGAUAUAACAACUGUGUUUAAAACUUUAUAUGGUAAUAUAUGGUUUCAGCCAUUGGCUGAUUCCUCAACUGCAACAGUAGUAAAUCAGACUAGUGCUACAAGUGAGACGGUAGCUGCUUCAGACCUUUCAGGAGGAACCACUGUGGUAACAGCAGCUGUGGUUGAAACAUACCCACGUGCCACACAGAUAAAGACAAUGAUAAAUCUGACCUUCAGAACUGACUAUCUCACCAUGGUACUGUAUGGCCCACAUCCUGACCAGACUUCUUUUAUGGAAUUCCGUGAUCCUACCUUGGUACUUGCUGAAUUUAAACUGGAGAAUAUUAUAAGUACUGUAAAAGUGCAUACAGAUGACUCGAUGUUGUCUUCCUUCUCAUUAAAAAACUGUAUUUUAGAUGAUAAAAGACCUCAUGUCAAGAAUGCAACUUCUAGAAUGAUAGGACUAACAGUUGGGUUUGACAAAAAAGACAUGUUGGACAUAAAGUGUAAGAAAAUCAAAGAUAUUUGCCUAACUGAUAUAGUCGUUCAAGAAACAUAUAUGUGUGCAAGUGUGGAAUUUCUGCUGAUAGUUGCGAAUGUUUUCCUGGAGGCCUUCACCGCAGGCAGAACGACAGAAACCAGCGUCCAGACAUGGGCUGCCGCCGAGGAAGCACCUGCAUCAGGGAAAUGGGAAAUUAAUAUUAUGAUUAAAAAUCCUGAAAUUGUGUUUGUUGCUGAUAUGACAAGAAGUGAUGCUCCAGCCUUAGUCAUUACAACACAGUGUGAAGUUUGUUGUAAAGGCGACAUUGAGAACAGUACCAUGACUGCUGCCAUUAAAGAUCUUCAGAUUCGAGCAUGCUCCUUUCUUCCAGUCAAAAGAAAAGGCAGAAUCACUACUGUUUUGCAGCCCUGUGACUUAUUUUUUCAGGCUACUCAGAGCAGUACAAAUCCACGAGUAGUUGAUGUGUCAGUAAAAUCCCUGACACUAAAGGUUUCACCAGUUAUCAUAAAUACUGUGAUUACCAUAACUUCUGCACUUUCUACAUCUAAAGAAGUUGUUUCAAAACAAGAGGUUUCUAUGGCACAUUUGUGGGAAGUGAAAGAUACAAAGACUUUAAAACUGUGGUUUCUUGAAGAAGCAAGUGAAGCUGAAAAAAUAGUUCCCUCAGCUGAAUUGGUACCCACUGGAGAAAUAAUGAGAGUGAACAUUGAUUCUAUUUUUAUAGUUCUGGAGGCUGGAGUUGGUCAUAGAACAGUACCAAUGCUUUUGGCAAAAUCACGGGCUUUAGUGGAAGCAAAGAAUUGGAGUUCCCUUAUAAAUCUACACUGUCAGCUGGAGUUAGAAGUCCAUUAUUAUAAUGAAAUGUUUGGUGUGUGGGAGCCUUUGCUUGAACCCUUAGAAAUUGAUCAAACUGAAGAUUUUAGGCCAUGGAAUCUUGGAGUCAAGAUUAAAAAGAAACCCAAAAAGGCCAUUUUUGAGUCAGACACUGAAGAAGAAAAUUACAAAGUGCCAGAAUAUAAAACUGUGAUCAGUUUCCAUUCGAAGGACCAACUAAAUAUUACAUUAUCCAAAUGUGGUCUUAUAAUGUUAAAUAAUUUAGCCAAGGCAUUCACAGAAGCUGCCACUGGGUCUUCAGCUCCUGUCCUUAGGGACCUCGCACCAUUCAUGAUUUUAAAUUCUCUUGGACUUACAAUCAGUGUUUCGCCAAGUGAUUCUUUUAGUGUACUCAAUACUUCUAAGGCAAAAGCAUAUACAUUGAAAAAUGAAGAGAAUUUAACUAUGGACUAUGCUCGAACUAAAGACAAUGAUCACUUUAAUGCCAUGACCAGCCUAAGCAGCAAACUCUUCUAUAUUCUUAUCAAACCUGCCUCCCACUCUACUACUGAUAAAAUUCCUUUAACAAAAGUGGGGCGGAGACUCUUCACCGUAAGACACAGAGAGUCUGGGGUGGAGAGAUCCAUUGUUUGCCAGAUCGAAGCAAUAGAAGGAAGCAAGAAGCUGACAAUCCGAUCCCCAGUGCAGAUUAGAAAUCAUUUUUCAGUUCCAUUAACUGUUUAUGAUGGAGACACGUCACUGGGAAUAGCUUCACCUGGAAAUGAAUUCAAUGUACCCUUACCAUCGUACCGAUCACAUCUUUCUUUGAAACCACAUGAAACAGAUUAUCAAAAGUGUGAAGGAUUUAACUUUGAAGAUAUUGUAAAACAUGAUGGCACUGUUAUAAAGAAGAAAUGCAGAUCUUCAAAUCCUUCUAUCAAACCAUUUAUCAUUAAUGUUGUUCCUGAAAAAGAUAAGCUGACCUCUUUGUCAGUUUAUUCUGAAGAUUGCUGGGACUUACCAUACAUAAUACACUUGUGGCCACCUAUCUUGCUCCGAAAUAAUCUUCCUUACAAAAUUGUUUAUUAUGUAGAGGGAACUGAACAUAAAGUUUUUACUCUAAAUGAAGGACAGUCAACCCAGAUUUGCAAUGCACAGUUGGAUAAAACCAAACUACACUUGAAAUUAAUUGACUAUCUUAAUCAUGAUUGGAAAAGUGAAUAUCAUAUCAAGCGUAACCAACAAGAAAUUAGUUUCAUCAAUUUUACCUGUGUUACAGAAAUAGAAAAGACUGAUUUAGAUAUUGCCAUCCACGUGGCUUAUAAUACUGGGCAGACACUUGUGGAAUUUCACAGUCCUUAUUGGAUGGUCAAUAAAACUGGGCGAAUGUUACAGUACAAAGCAGAUGGAAUUCACCGGAAGCAUCCACCUAAUUAUAAAAAACCAAUUCUCUUUUCUUUUCAGCCAAAGCACUUUUUUAAUAACAAUAAGGUUCAGCUUAUGGUAACGGAUAGUGAAUUGUCAGAUGAGUUUUCAAUUGAUACUGUUGGUACUCAUGGAGCCGUUAAAUGUAAAGGCCUGAAAAAGGAAUAUCAAGUUGGUGUUACUAUACAACUUAGCAGUUUUAAUAUUACCAGAAUUGUGACAUUUACCCCUUUCUAUAUGAUUGAAAACAAAAGUAAAUAUAAGGUGUCAGUGUCUGAAGAAGGGAGUGAUAAAUGGCUUUCUCUUGAAUUGAAUCAGUGUAUCCCCUUUUGGCCUGAGACUACAUCUAAUAAACUACUUGUUCAAGUCGAAAGAAGUAAUCCUCCCCAAAAGAUAUAUUUUAAUAAACAUGAAAACUGUAUUUUAUUGCGUUUGGGUAAUGAACUUGGAGGUAUUAUAGCAGAAGUGAAUGUGACUGAACAUUCUACAGUUAUUACAUUUUCAGAUUAUCAUGAUGGAGCCGCUACAUUCCUGUUAAUAAAUCACACCAAGAAUGAAGUUAUUUAUUACAGACAAAGUUCUCUCAGUGAAACAGAAGAUCAUCUCCUUCCUGGAAAAUCAAUAUUUUAUACAUGGACAGAUCCGGUGGGCUCUAGAAAGCUAAAGUGGAAAUGUGGAACCAGUCACGGUGAAGUAACUCAGAAAGAUGAUAUGAUGACACCUAUAGGUGUGGGGAAAAAGACCAUUUAUUUAGUUUCAUUCUUUGAAGGCUUACAACGCAUUAUUUUAUUCACGGAAGAUCCAAAAGUAUUUAAAGUAACAUAUGAAAGUGAGAAAGCAGAGAUAGCAGAACAAGAAAUUGUGUUGGCACUGCAAGAUGUUGGAAUUUCUCUUGUGAACAAUUACACAAAAGAAGAAGUAGCCUAUGUUGGCAUUACAAGUUCUGAUGUGGUUUGGGAGAUCAAACCCAAGAAGAAGGCAAGAUGGAAGCCCAUGAGUGUAAAACAUACCGAGAAGUUAGAGAAAGAAUUUAAGGACUAUGUUGAAUCUUCCCCUUCCGAAGAUAAACUUGUUGAGCUGGACACAAAUGUUCCGGUUCGCUUCACACCUAGUGGUGCUAAUAUGAAAAUUAUGCAACCACAUGUAAUAGCUAUACGGAGAAAUUACCUUCCAGCAUUGAAAGUAGAGUAUAACUCAUCUGCUCAUCAGUCAUCAUUUAGGAUUCAGAUUUACAGAGUACAGAUCCAAAACCAGAUACAUGGUGCUAUAUUUCCUUUUGUGUUUUAUCCUAUUAAACCUCCCAAAUCGGUCACCAUGGAUUCAGCCCCAAAGCCUUUCAUCGAUGUCAGUAUUGUCAUGAAGACUGCAGGGCAUUCCCACAUAACACUCAUUAAGUAUUUUAAAGUUUUGAUCCAGGAAAUGGAUCUCAGGCUAGACCUUGGAUUUAUAUACGCUUUGGCAGAACUGAUUACAGAAGCAGGGGCUGAAACAGCAGAGGUUGAAAAUUUUCAGAAAGACAUGCAAUCUUUCCUUGACGAUUGUAAAACAGUUUCAUUUGUAGAUUCAUCACCAGUUGGGUUCUAUGAAUACUUUCAUAUAUCACCUAUCAAGUUGCAUUUAAGUGUUUCAUUGAGUUCUGGUAAAGAAACUAAAGAUUCAGGACAGAAUGGAGCUCUGAUUGCUGUAUAUUCUCUAAAUCUUUUGCUGAAGAGUAUUGGUGCCACUCUCACAGAUGUCCAAGAUGUCAUUUUCAAGCUGGCUUUUUUUGAACUCAACUAUCAGUUUCAAACAACAUCUGAAUUACAGUCUGAAGUAAUAAAACACUAUUCAAAACAGGCUAUUAAGCAGAUGUAUGUACUCAUUCUUGGACUUGAAGUUUUGGGAAAUCCCUUUGGCUUGAUUAGAGAAUUUUCUGAAGGUGUAGAAGCAUUUUUUUAUGAACCUUACCAGGGAGCCAUCCAGGGCCCUGAAGAGUUUGUGGAAGGCAUGGCCCUUGGACUGAAGGCGCUGGUUGGUGGAGCUGUUGGUGGCUUAGCUGGCGCUGCCUCCAAAAUCACUGGCGCUAUGGCUAAAGGUGUAGCGGCAAUGACUCUGGAUGAAGACUAUCAGCAGAAGAGAAGAGAAGCCAUGAAUAAACAGCCAGCUGGCCUCAGAGAAGGCAUCACUCGGGGAGGAAAAGGCUUGGUUUCAGGUUUUGUAAGUGGCAUAACAGGAAUUGUCACAAAACCAAUCAAAGGUGCUCAGAAAGAAGGAGCGGCAGGUUUCUUUAAAGGCGUUGGGAAGGGCCUUGUUGGAGCUGUGGCCAGACCAACUGGAGGCAUCAUAGACAUGGCGAGCAGCACAUUUCAGGGAAUUAAGAGAGCUACAGAGACUUCCGAUGAAGUGGAGAGUCUGCGGCCGCCACGGUUCUUUAAUGAAGAUGGAAUCAUCAGGCCUUACAGAUUGAGGGAUGGUGCUGGAAAUCAGAUGCUACAGGUCUUAGAAGAUGGAAGAUUUGCAACUUGCAAAUAUUUCACCCAUGUCAUGAUCAAUAAGUCAGAUAUAUUCAUGAUAACCAAAAGUGGUGUGUUAUUUAUAACAAAGGGAACAUUUGGCCAGCUUACUUGUGAGUGGCAAUACAGUUUUGAUGAGUUCACAAAGGAGCCCUUUAUUGUUCAUGGGAGAAGAUUACGCAUUGAAGCGAAGGAACGGGUAACACCUGUAUUUCAUGCCAAAGAAUUUGGAAAAAUCAUUAAUUUCAAGACACCAGAGGAUGCUAGGUGGAUCCUCACAAAGCUGGAAGAAGCCAGAGAACACCCUUCCCCAAACCUCUGAUGGAGAACACUGCCUGAAGACCUGCAGCACUGGGUCAUCACACUGUCUACCCCACAUACAUAGUGUUAGUACUGAUACCAGGGUCUAAAAAAAGUUUGUUAGAAUCAGGUAAAACACUGUGUGAUUAAAAUAUUUCAACUUUUGGGGCACCCAUUUGGUUUUCUAACUUGAAUCAAGCUUCUGGUUAAAAUUCUCAUUAUAACUUCUUUUAUGGGUAUUGAAUAUUUAUGGUAGAUAAUUGUAUUUAAUUAUACAAUUAAAUAUUGGUGGAGGAGUAUCCAUUUUUAGCCACCAUGUGAAACUAUAAAUUGAAUUUUCCUGGUUCACAUUUUAAAUUUCCACCAUACAUACCGCAAACUCCCUGGAUGAGGACAAGUAAAUGAUCAAAUCAAGCAUUGUCUCUGUGGUAUCAGGAGAACCUUAGAGGGGGUUUCUUUAGAAAUACAAAGUUCUUUUUACAGAUAAAUAUUUUGGUAUUUUUUUCUUAAUUUUUAAAAUAAAAGAUACGUUCGGAUUGUACUUAAAAUGUAUAGCAUAUGAAAAAUAAUUUUUAUAUAAUACAAAUUGAGUACAGUCCUUCAAAUCUUAUAUUCAGAAGGGCUUUUUAAAAAUGCAAUACACAACAGGAAAAGUCCCUCUCCGAACUUUGAAGCCUUAGUAAAACUUCCUCUAGCCAAGUUCAGUGGCUCUGCUUAUUUUACCCAUGUUAUGUUUUUAAUAGACAGCUUACAUAGAGGAAAGUUCCCAAAGCCUUAACAAUACCAAUUUUUAUCUCGAUAAUAGGGAGUAAACAAAAUUGUCAGUGUUUCCAAUUCAGUGAGCUAUGAUCCCAGACAAACAGCCCCUUUGACGAGUACGUGAGCUGAUGCAGUGAUGUGCUCCACUGACGAUAGGUGCAGGUUUCUUGGUCUGCUCUGGUCAGGUGAGAAUCACUCUCCUAAAUGCGUAGCUCAUCAGAGCAAAAAUCAACACAGUAAGAAUACGGUUAUGGAAUCUUUUUCUUGAUUUUUCUUGAAGACCCUUUUACUUAAAUAUGAUUUGACUUUGAUGAUGAAAGGAGUAAAUAUUAUAUUUACAUGAAGAAUAUGAUGCAGUAUUUUGUUAUUGAACAAUGCAGACUGUUUGCAUGUUGUAUGUGCUGUCAAGUUUUUAUAUACAUUGUUUUUGGAAUUGGAGACUAUAUCGUCAAUGGCUGUGAAAUUCUCAGGCUUCUCAAACCCUUGCUUUGUUCUAAAAGCUGAAAUAAAUAGCAUGCCAGACUCUAAUUGUGUUUCUUCCAGAUCAGAUCUUGCUACUAAAUACUAUUGAUUUCCCUUUUAUUCCAAAACAUUGUUUAUGCUCAUCAAUUUGCUGCAGAAUUGUUCAACAUAACCUGAAUCAAAAGUUACUGUCUCUAACCACACCCUAAAGCCUUCUCUCCUGACAACUGUUCUUGGUUCAGAGAAACGAACAUUUUUUUUGUGCUGAGCUGCUCCAUCUCCUCAUCUGAAGUUCCAUCACCCUUUGCCAAGUACCUCAGCCCUACUCCGGUUUCCUGACUUCCUUCUCAGAAGAAACCAAAUCCCCUGAGUACACCAUGCCAAGGGGAAAUGUCUAAGAGACUGAAAGAGCAAGGUUGAUCCCAUUAUUUCCAAAAAAAUAAAAACGGGGACUUGGGGGGGAGUCAGGAUAGAAAUUUCUUUGUGAUCCAGAGCCAGCCAGUGGGGUCCUGUCUGUCGGCCAUGUGCCCAGCUCUGUGCCUCUCCUACCUGUGUCCUCCUCAGUUAUCCAGGAAGGAAUAUCUUGUCUCUCUCCACCAGCCACGUCCCAGGUGCCUCUGUUCCUCCCACUCUUUCCAGAGAAGAGAAAGACUUGACAAUUCCAGGCACAGUAGUUUAUCAGUUCAUAAUCUGAACAAGGA